CGGCGGGCGGCACGUUGUCUCGUAGUAGCUGCCACCUUUACCAGAGAGCUGUUGCCAGAACCGUAGCCGAUUAACUACUUUGUACCUAUGCUGCUGCCCUCCCCCCCCAGAAGCUCAUGUCCGGACGGGCUGGAGGCGAUACAUACAAACUUUCCAUCUGCUUCAUCCCUUCACCGCCAGAACGGACCUGUACUACGUCAGGCACACACACCCCCUCGAGGAUCUCACACACGAACGAACAACAAGCCAACCAGGCGGAACUAUAUUCCAAGCAGGGCCUUCCCUCCUCUCCUCGGUCCGUCGUCGGCGGCCCCCCACCGCCUACGUGUGUACAUUACAGUAGAUGGGGUCGGCAUCCCCCCAUCCUUGGCCAAUCUCUCGCCCGGAAAUGGGGCGGCGCUACUCAAUCCCCCGCCCCGUCUUGGCCAACGCGAGUCGCCCCCCCCCUACCCUUAGGCCCGGGCGGGAAACGGACACCAAGGAACGUGGGAAACCUAAAAAGACGGCAGGAUGACUGGUUUAGCUCUCGUUCUAUUACCCAAAACCAUAAUAUAGUGUCGCAGAGGUUAAUGAUAUUGGCCGGACGAAUGUCAAGAACCCGCUGGAAUGACAACAUCCGUCCGCCUAGAGUUUGCGGCGCUAAUGCUGUCCUAGAAAGAGAAGAAGAGCGCAUGGGAUUUUGUGUCAUGCCCUGACGAAUAAGGUUGACAUUAUCGGAGACUCUUGAUACACCGGCUAAACCAGGGCCCGUGCCACCACGGCCGAUGACGCCGAACACCCGCAGCCGAACUCGACGCUGGCAACGGCGCGACCUCCGAACCACACUGAAACAUAACCCGCCCGCUCGGCGUCUUUUCCUAGGUGCUCAAAAGCAAGAUUUGGGAAGAGUGGAAAUGUCCGCUCUUCUUUCCCUCCAAGAUAUCGUGUUCACGGGGUUGCGGGGUUCCAGUUGCGAUUUACAUACAUGUCUUGACUAAGAAGUUCCCGCAUAAGCUCUUGUUCGAGGCCAGUAAGAUGUGAUCAAUCGUCCCUCGCUCUGGUGAA